GACGAUGCGACACUCAGCCUGAAAAGAUGUGGAAGAUCCAAAAUGAAAACUGAUUAUUGAAUGAAAUUAAAACCUAAGGUAAUUUAAGAUUAGAGAACCAUGUUAACACUACCGUUUGAUGAGUCAGUUGUAAUGCCAGAAUCCCAGAUGUGCAGAAAGUUUUCUAGAGAAUGCGAGGACCAGAAGCAAAUUAAGAAACCAGAAAGCUUUUCCAAACAGAUUGUCCUUCGAGGAAAGAGCAUCAAAAGGGCCCCUGGAGAAGAGACUGAGAAGGAAGAAGAGGAGGAAGACAGGGAAGAGGAAGAUGAAAAUGGGUUGCCCAGAAGGAGGGGUCUUAGGAAAAAAAAGACUACCAAGCUCCGACUGGAGAGGGUCAAGUUCAGGAGACAGGAAGCUAACGCGCGCGAGAGGAACAGGAUGCACGGCCUCAACGACGCCCUGGACAAUUUAAGAAAAGUGGUCCCCUGUUAUUCUAAAACCCAAAAACUGUCCAAAAUAGAAACUUUACGACUGGCCAAAAACUACAUCUGGGCACUUUCUGAAAUUCUGAGAAUCGGCAAGAGACCUGAUCUGCUCACGUUCGUCCAAAACUUAUGCAAAGGUCUUUCCCAGCCAACUACAAACUUGGUGGCAGGCUGCUUGCAGCUCAAUGCCAGGAGUUUCCUGAUGGGUCAGGGUGGGGAGGCGGCGCACCACACAAGGUCACCCUACUCUACCUUCUACCCACCCUACCACAGCCCUGAGCUCACCCCUCCCCCAGGGCAUGGAACUCUUGAUAAUUCCAAGUCCAUGAAGCCCUACAAUUAUUGCAGUGCGUAUGAAUCCUUCUAUGAAAGCACUUCCCCUGAGUGUGCCAGCCCUCAGUUUGAGGGUCCCUUAAGUCCUCCCCCAAUUAACUAUAAUGGGAUAUUUUCCCUGAAGCAAGAAGAAACCUUGGACUAUGGCAAAAAUUACAAUUACGGCAUGCAUUACUGUGCAGUGCCACCCAGGGGUCCCCUUGGGCAGGGUGCCAUGUUCAGGUUGCCCACCGACAGCCACUUCCCUUACGACUUACAUCUGCGCAGCCAACCUCUCACCAUGCAAGAUGAAUUAAAUGCAGUUUUUCAUAAUUAAUGAGGAAAAUGAAAAUAAACAGUGGUCAUUCACCUCCCCCUUCUAAUUAAGACAAAGCAGAUGCUUGUGGGCUGAGUAAUAGGCACAACUCUAGCUAAGGUGUUUACUAGUUUCUGGAGUGUGUUUCAACUAUUGUGAGAAUUUUCUAUGUAAUAAUAAAUCUCUUUUCCUAUGAGAACUUCUUUUCCUUUCCUUUUGUCUGUAAAGCACUGUGAUUCUGCUUCUACUGGAAGGAUAUUUUUUUCAUGUUUUAUUUUCUUUUAAAUUCACUUAAUUUGUUGGAACAAGGUGUCUAAGAAUAUA